UAACAACCUGUCAAAUCCCAGGACAGCUGUGAAACCGUCAGCACCGCUACACAUUUCACAUAGAAACAAGAUGCUUCAUUUCAUCCUCCAGUUCAGUCUUUGAGUACAUCAGGACACCUGGAGAAAAACUUCUUCCAAAAUACAACCAAAAAGCUCCAGUAUUCAGCAGAAUGGAUUUGUGUUAUCGAUCCAUCACUUCAUAUCCUUCCCAAUAACUAUUUCCCCGUACACUGGCAGGCGUCAUUCAGCCUUUUUAUCUCUUCUCGGACCCUCACACACAAAACUGAUAAACCCCACCACAGCUCUUGCAGGCUGGGUACAAAGCUGGUUUGGCCUCGUGCCCUUCCAGCUGGGUGUGGUAUUGUGAGAUGGCGCGGCAGGAAGCAGUGGGUCGCUGCCGCUGUGGACUGUAAUGUCAGAGCCCAGCAGCCCCGGCGAGAGCCAGCGCGGCGCUCCCAGAUUCUUCGUGGGCUGCGCGGAGGAUGAGAGCGAGGGCCUGGACGACUACGCCAGCAUGAGGACAGACAUGGAGCUGUACGAAGACGACCUGGAGGAUGACUCGCCUCCAGAGCGUCAGAUCGUGAUGGGGAUUUGCUGUAUGAUGAAGAAAUCCAAGUCCAAACCCAUGACUCAAAUCUUGGAGCGCCUUUGCAAGUUUGAGUACAUAACAGUGGUCAUCUUUCCUGAGGAUGUCAUUCUAAAUGAGCCGGUUGAGAAGUGGCCACUCUGCGACUGCCUGAUCUCAUUUCACUCCAAAGGUUUCCCCUUGGAUAAAGCAGUGAGUUAUGCAAAGCUCCGUAACCCACUGCUUAUCAAUGAUCUUAACAUGCAGUAUUACAUACAGGAUAGGAGAGAGGUUUAUCGUAUCCUGCAGGAGGAGGGGAUUGAUCUACCACGCUACGCAGUGUUAAACCGUGACCCUGACAAGCCUGAUGAGUGUAACCUGAUUGAGGCAGAAGACCAAGUUGAGGUUAAUGGCGAAGUGUUUCUAAAACCUUUUGUAGAGAAACCAGUCUCUGCCGAGGACCAUAAUGUGUACAUCUACUACCCAACUUCAGCCGGAGGAGGCAGUCAGCGCCUCUUCAGAAAGAUUGGGAGCAGAAGUAGUGUUUACUCUCCAGAGAGCAGUGUGAGAAAAACUGGCUCCUACAUCUAUGAAGAGUUCAUGCCAACCGAUGGCACAGAUGUGAAGGUGUACACAGUAGGGCCAGAUUACGCUCACGCAGAGGCUCGUAAGUCCCCUGCUCUUGAUGGAAAAGUGGAGCGGGACAGUGAAGGAAAAGAAAUCCGCUACCCGGUCAUGCUCACUGCCAUGGAGAAGCUUGUGGCUCGUAAAGUUUGUCUGGCAUUCAAGCAAACAGUGUGUGGAUUCGACCUCCUCCGAGCCAAUGGCCACUCAUAUGUGUGUGAUGUCAAUGGAUUUAGCUUUGUGAAGAAUUCCAUGAAAUACUAUGACGACUGUGCUAAGAUACUGGGAAAUAUUGUAAUGAGGGAGCUGGCUCCUCAGUUCCAGAUCCCCUGGUCCAUACCUACGGAGGCAGAGGACAUUCCUAUUGUACCCACUACAUCAGGAACAAUGAUGGAGCUGCGUUGUGUGAUUGCUGUAAUCCGGCAUGGAGAUCGCACACCAAAGCAGAAGAUGAAGAUGGAAGUGCGAAAUGCCAUGUUUUUUGAGCUUUUUGAAAAAUACGGUGGGUAUAAAACGGGCAAGCUGAAGCUUAAAAAACCCAAACAACUGCAGGAAGUUCUGGACAUUACCAGGACACUUUUGGCAGAUAUAGGACAGCAUACUGACUGUGAAAUUGAAGAAAAAAAGUCUAAGCUUGAACAACUAAAGACAGUUCUGGAAAUGUAUGGCCAUUUCUCUGGAAUCAAUAGGAAAGUGCAGCUAACAUACCUUCCUCAUGGACAACCCAAAACAUCCAGUGAGGAAGAAGAUACCCGUAAGGAGGGCCCCUCCAUACUGCUGGUGCUGAAGUGGGGGGGAGAACUGACUCCAGCCGGCAGAGUACAGGCUGAAGAACUCGGCAGGGCUUUUCGCUGCAUGUAUCCUGGAGGUCAAGGCGAUUACGCUGGCUUUCCAGGCUGCGGUUUGCUCAGGCUACAUAGCACCUACCGACAUGACCUCAAGAUCUACGCCUCUGAUGAAGGCAGGGUGCAAAUGACUGCUGCUGCCUUUGCAAAGGGUCUCUUAGCGUUGGAAGGAGAACUGACACCCAUCUUGGUCCAGAUGGUGAAAAGUGCAAAUAUGAACGGUCUGCUGGAUAACGAUAUUGAAUCGCUCAGCGGCUGUCAGCAGAGGGUUAAAGCCAGACUUCAUGAGAUCAUGCAGAAAGAUAAAGUCUUCACUGAAGAAGACUAUGACAGGCUGGCCCCAACAUGCAGCAGUUCUCUGGUGAACUCUAUGAGGGCUGUCGAGAAUCCAGUGUGUAUAUGUGAUCAAGUCUACACCCUCGUCCAGAGCCUCACUUCACAGAUCCGCAAAAGACUCGAAGACCCCAAAUCAGCAGAUUUACAGCUGUACCACAGUGAGACACUGGAGAUGAUGCUUCAGCGCUGGUCUAAAUUGGAAAGGGAUUUCCGCAUGAAGAGUGGACGCUAUGACAUCAGCAAGAUUCCUGACAUUUAUGACUGCAUUAAAUAUGAUGUGCAGCACAACAGCUCCCUGGGCCUGGAGGAUACACUGGAGCUCUUCAAGCUCUCUCGAGCACUAGCCGACAUUGUCAUACCACAAGAGUAUGGCAUUAAUACGGUAGAGAAGCUGGAUAUUGCGUAUGCCUAUUGUCUGCCUUUGGUGAAGAAAAUUCAGCUGGACCUUCAGAGGACACAUGAGGAUGAGUCUGUAAACAAGCUGCAUCCACUAUAUUCACGUGGAGUGCUGUCACCAGGCAGGCAUGUUCGCACUCGGCUGUAUUUCACCAGCGAGAGCCAUGUCCACUCUCUUCUUAGCAUCUUCCGUUAUGGUGGCCUCUUGGAUGAAGAAAACGAUGAGCAGUGGAAGAGAGCAAUGGAUUAUCUGAGUGCAGUGUCUGAACUCAACUACAUGACGCAGAUCGUCAUUAUGCUCUACGAAGACAACAAUAAGGAUCCGUCCUCUGAAGAGCGCUUCCAUGUGGAACUGCAUUUCAGCCCUGGGGUUAAAGUGUCUGAGGAAGAGAGCGCUCCGAUGGGCUUCGGCUUCCGACCAGCCUCUGCUGAAAAUGACCAGAAGCAAACAGACCCUGGAAGUUUGGAGAACCUCUCACGGGAUGAGCCCGACCGUGCAUUGCCCCUUUCAGAGGCCAUCAGCACCCAGAGGAAAUCCCCUUUGAUCCGCAACCGCAAGACUGGCUCUAUGGAGGUCUUGUCAGAAAGCUCUUCCUCUAAAGGAGGCAGCUAUCGCCUCUUCCCCUCCUGCUCACGUCAGUCUCCAGAGAUGAAGCAGAGCGGAUUAGGCUCUCAGUGCGCUGGUCUCUUCAGUACCACCGUCCUGGGGGGCUCCUCUAGCGCCCCCAACCUUCAGGACUACGCUCGCACACAUCGCAAAAAAUUCUCCUCGGGCAGUUUGACCUAUAAAGACGGCACACAAGAUGACACUUCUACCAGGGUGAUUAAACAACCUCUAUGGUGGUCCUUCUCAGAACCUCUGGAAGAGCACCAGGUAGCCCAGCUGCUGAGGCGCUUUUCCAACGACCCCAAUAUUGGCCACCCGUUCUGUUUGGACAGUGCUUUUGCCCACCACCUCCAUCAGUGCUCCUAUCAUCUCCGCCUGUUCCGCAACUGGUUAAUCUCUGGCCAGGAUCCACUAGAGUACAUCUACGGUUUUGAAGGCUGCUCCAUGGUGCCCUCCAUAUACCCUCUUGAGACCCUACACAACUCACUCUCACUCAAACAAGUGAAUGAGUUCCUGACGACUGUGUGUGAGAAUGCUGGAGAUUCCCACACCAGGACAACCAGAGCUCUCUCAGCCAUGUUUGACUCCCAGAACCAACCCACAGGGGAGUCUUACAUCCCACACAGAGUCCUGUCAUCCUCUGUUUCACUGCGCCAACGCUCUGAUCGGCCACCCUGGUACAGCAGUGGUCCUUCCAGCACAGUGUCCAGCGCCGGCCCCUCGUCUCCCACCACGGCUGACACCUCUCCACGCUUCAGCUUCAGUGAGAAGAUCACCCUAACGCCUCAGAGCAGUGAAGAGAUCCACCAGAUCCCUCAAAACAACAACUGCCACACUGUGUCUUUGACAUCCGAACCCAGCAUACCCUCAGAGGACCCGCACAGCUCCAUACCCUCUCCCAUCAUGGAGAGACCCAGUCAGAUAACAUCAGACGGCACAGACUCUGCAGGCCAGUGUCUGACAGAGAGCCCUUCCUGUGAUGAAGGGUCAAGUCCAAACACGGCUGAGCCCAGUCCACCCAGUCCUCUCCCAGAGUCCUUCCGCGGGCUGCCCGGCUCCCUGCCUGUUCUCCUGGAGCUCAGAGAAAGCAGUUCUGAGACCGGGUCCAGCGCCCAGACACCGCUCAGCCCUGAGGAGCCCGAUGAGUUCUUUGAUACGCAGGAAACGGUUGACGCUUGGAGGGAGAACCCGGCAUCCCUGCCCCAUCCUGGAACUCCUCUGGAGGUGGGAGCUCCACACGUGCCUGAGCCUUGAAGGAAACAGUGCUCCCUUCACCCCAUCCCAGCAUGCUCUCGCUGUAGUGCCUCACACCUUCAUUGAGUCCCAUACAAGGGAUUUGCCUAAAUUUUUAAAGGUAUAGUUCACCCAACUCACCAUUAGUUUCUGUUAAAGACAAAAAAGAAGUUAUUUUAAAGAAUGUGAGAACUUCUUGACAUCCAUAGUAGGAAAAACAAUACUUUGGCAGUCAAUGGCUACCAUUUUUCAAAAUUUCCUUGUGAACAGAUGCAGGUUGAGUAAAUAAUGAACAAAUCGAUAUUUUGGGGUGAAAUAUCCCUUUAUGGUAAGUUGAGGAAAUGGAGGCCCUCACUUGUUGAAGAUGAGAAGCUUAAUAAAGUCUCCAUGGUUUAAUUGUGUAGCGUCAUUCAGAGAUGCUCCCCGUGUAAUGCAUCUCUCUCGUUGAAUGGCCAGUGGUCAAACAUAAGCUGUUAGAUGCACUGAAAUAUUUUGUACGUGCACAUAUUAUCUUCCUCAUGUUCAAAUGACUGCAAACAAUGUUUUCUUUUUCUUCAUUAGCUGGUCUGGAAGAUUGUUUUUUUCAAAGGGACAUGAUAUUUGAUACUAGCUAAUGUUUGCUGAAUUACUCUUGAAUAAUGAUCUUAGCUUAAACAUAUGAAAGGGAUAGUUGAAAAAAAAAUGGCAAAUUUAAUAAGUCCUGUUGUUUUAAAAAUGAUAAGAUUUUUGCUCAUCUUCUGAACACAGAUGAAUUUAUUUUUAGUGUGUUCUAAGAACUUUCUGUCUCUCAAUUGAAAGUAUAUUUCACAAAAAAAGGUAAAAAAAAAAAAAAACGAAUGUCAACAUACACUGUAAAACAUGGGUCUCAAACUCAAUUCCUGGAUUCCUCAAUUCCACAGCUCUGCGCAGUUUUGCUCCAACACUAAUCAAACACAGCUGAUCCAAGUAAUCAAGGUGUUCAAGACUGCUAGACACCACUAGAUCAGCUGUGUUUGAUUAGAGUUGGUGCAAAACUGUGUAAAGCUGCAGCAUUCCAGGAAUUGAAUUUGAGACCUAUGCUGUAAAACAUGCUCGGUUCCACACAAUCGAUUUAUGUUGGGGCAACAGGUAGGAAUUAAGUUAAUUUAUUAGUUUUUACAAAUUUAAGUGGAUUAAACAUAAAACUGUUAGGUUAUCCCAAAAUAACAUCAAGAAUUUUAUUGUUUCUGCUCGUUUUAAAUGGGUAGUUUAAGAUGGAAAUGUGGAUUUGGGUGUAGAGCAAAUAAAAACACACUUGUUUGACAGCAGAUAACAGUUCUGGAUGGUUCUUGCUGAAGAAUCUCAAAAGAUUCUUACAUGUCAUGCAAACAAGUUUCAGCUACAAUGUUUUGAUCAGCAUUUAUAAAUGAGGAAAGGCUAAGAUUAAACUUAACCCAGGCUCAUUCUGAUUGCAUACCCCUACAUAUAUUUCUGAAGUGCGUCAAAUAUGUCCUAGGAGAUUUUUUUUUUGGCUGUUUUUGUUUUUGCAAAUCCACCAGAGGCUGCUGUGCACGCUUUUUGAGAUAUUAAAUUUCGCUCACAAGUGCCUUUCACGCCUGCUGUUCUCACAUAAAUCCACCAGAGGUCGAUGUCAACAGACUGAUUGACCAAUAUACCCAGCCACCCGCUUCUCUAAACGCAACCAAUAGUGUUUUCAAAAGCACAGAUUCACCCGCCCACCAAAUUCCCUAAACCGAACCGAAUUUUUUAAAAAGCAAUCCAGAAAAAAAAGCCCUGGCGGCAGCCUGACUUUUAACACGUUUUCAGAUUUUACCAAGUUGUCACCAUGUUAUUUACUUGUUUUUUUAUUUUUUGGUUUUUGUUUUUGUCUAACCUGCUUUCUGGAAUCGUUCUUCACUAUCCUAGAACCCCGUCGUCACAGUCAAAUCCGAUCUGUGUCUCAAAUCCUCCGACCUAUACGACGAGCCACUGGACAAGCUGGUAACAUUGGAAAAACAGUCCAUAUUGUGGUAAGCGCGAAAAGGAACAGCAUCAUACCGCCCCGUAACACUGGAAUACAUCAAAUCCAGUCAGCUGAUCACAUAUGGUCUAGAAUUUUCCACACACAGAGAUGAUCAGAACUCCACGCAGCUCCCAGAGUACUCUUCAUUGUAAAUGAAUGACUUCCGGUCUGUCGCUAGUUGUUUGUCAUGUGCAGUGGAAAGGCGGCUUUAAAGACCAAAUGCAGCCAUUCAUACUUCUUGCUACAUAAUUCUCUGGCUACAAUAAUGUAUAAACAAUAGGGUUAUGUUUUCAGAAUGAGCCAUGUUGAUUAAACUUGUUAAUCAUAGAAAGUGAUAACCUGUUUUUCGAAGGCCUCUUAUUUUUGGAAAAAUGUACUUCCAGUGAAGGGAUAGAAAUCUUUAAAAGUUUCAGAAGAAAAUGUUUUAAAGAGAAACAAACAUAUUAUGGGUUGGACUGAUACGAGUUCUUUUUAUUUCAGAGAGAAUUAUUCCUUGAACAUUUCAUUACUAUUUGCCAAAGCUUGCUAUACCACUGUCAUAAUUUAUUAAAUCAUUAUAAAAUACAUAAAUGUAGUCUAAAUAUAAAUAUAUUUAUUGACUAAUAUGCAGCUUACUUUUAACAAUGAGACUGCAAAUAAGUAAGUCUCUUUUUUUUAUAUUUUAGUUUUUAUUUUUGUAAAACAUACAGCGCUGUCACAGGAAAAUAAGCAGUGGGCUUCAUUUUAAGUACAUUUCUCCUGCCUUUUACCACUCACAUUUUGGACAAUGAAGUACUCUUUUGUACCGUGACCCUCCUGUUUGAUCAAACGCGGUGAGAUUAUCAGACCACCAGACAUUUGGUCUUAUUUCUGAUUUAGUGUAUAGUAAAAAGAUGCUGCUUUUCAGAAAGAUAUACUUUAAUGUUAUAUGGUUGAUCUAAAUCUGUUCAGGAAAAAAAAACAGUUAUGUAAACCCGUUGUUUACCGAGCAUGCAGAAAGUGUGUGUGUAAAAUGAACUGACUCUGACUGAUGUAGGACCAGCUUGUUAAACCUCUAGAAUCUAGAGAUGAUCAUUUCACUUCCCUACUCCAGCAGUGUCUGUGAAUUAUUCCACUCCGCUUGGAGUACAGUAAAGCACAUUCAACCCACUUGACAACUGUAAUCACUGACAUAUUAAAGCAUCUGCCUCUGAUGGAUUCGACUCAGAUUUAUCGUACUGUUGGUGCUGUAUGCUGUCUGUGCAGUAGUAUUAAAUGGCACUUUGAUUUACAGUGUUUUAAAUAAAAGUGGCAUUGUCUGCAGAAAA